AUGGCAAGUAAAAGCACUAAUCUAAGAAGUCAAUUGGAAGAUUUGAACAUUACUCGCGAUGAAUUGGAUCAAAUUGGUGAAGCUUUGAAGAAGGAAGAGUUUCGUAAGCUUUUGAAUAAUUACUUUGAAGAGGUCACAAAUCCAGAAAACCAGAAAGUCUACGAGAACGAGAUCACACAACUUGAGAAGGAACGCGGUGUGGAUGUUACAUUUAUUCAUCCAGCGGCCGGGUAUGUGAUUAAAACUAGUGUUGACGGUAAGAAAAAAGCAUUCAUUAAUAUUUGUCAAAAUGAAAACAUUGGAAAACCCGUUGCUAAGCGUGAAACAGGAGGAGUUAGAUGGUCCGUACCACACAGCCUUGCUCCACCACGUGAUGAUCUCGAUAAGAACAAAAAUUUCUGUAUUGUUUAUGAUGUUGUAUUUCAUCCCGAAGCAAUUCGAAUGGCUAAUUCCAAUAAACCGUUCAAACAAUUAGUUAACGAUACUGCCUUGAACGCUAUAGAAGACAGCUACAAGGUAGCUUUAGAUAAGAAGAACCUUAUCUAUCCAAAAAUCCCAUUCAAAGGUUUGAAACGUCCCACUGUUAUACGAAAAAAGUCAAAAUGCCCACCAACCCCUUCCGAAGAUUCUGAUCAAGGUAUUUUUGAUCUACCCAACUACCCCUACUCUGAACCACCUGAAGAAGUUGAAGUCAAAUCUUCAGAACUCCCUACAAACAAAGAUGAAUCACCAUACACUGUUCCCAAAUACAUCAUCAAACAAAGAAGCAACAUUGAAAUGCAAGACUUUACAAAUUCGAUGACAUCCAAAAUGAACGCAGCAAUACCGUCAGCUCUUGUCGUUGAAAUCGAUCUACCGCUAAUAAAAUCGGCCGUCGAUGUAAAUCUGGAUGUAUCGGAAAAGUCGUUGUGUUUGUCCAGUGAAAAACCGGCCAAAUAUAAGUUGGAUGUCAACCUGCCUUACGCUGUACUAGAGGGGGAAGGUAGCGCUAAGUUCGACAGCAGAACAAAAAAGUUGGUGGUCACCCUUUCUGUAAAAAGACGUCACACUACGCCCAAUUUGCAGCAACUGAGUCGUGAGGAUAGCGGCGUGGACAGCGAGUCGAGAAGUACAGAAUCAUCCAGUGAUGAUGAGCUGUCGAAAUGUGAUGGCGACAAACCUCCCGUCAUCGUCGAAGUGAUAUCCGGUGGUGAAAACAAACAAACAAUCGAUGAAAGUGAUGAAACCGCGUACAGGACUAGCAUUGUGGAACACUUUUUAUCAAGUGAUAUAGCCUACUCACUGCCUUCCUACAAGUGUAACAACGUUGACAACUUGUUGGCGUUCACGUUUCACGUUAAGAACGUGGAGCCUGAAUCUGUGGACCAUGUUUUUCUGGAGCGGAGUUGCGGAGUUCACCUUAAGUUCAAAUCGAUGGGCGCCGGGUGUUUUCCCAGCCACUAUGCGUUCUGCGUCAAGUUCCCUGGCGAGUUGUCAGUGGAUUCUGACAGUUUAAGCAUCGAAGUGUGGGACAACAAUGUUAUUGCUCAACUAAGACUGAUUGGCUGUGAUAGUAAUUCUACGUUGACUGAUUACUUAUGUGGCAAGAGUGAGGAGGAGCUCGAGAAAAAGGCUUUUGAUUUGCCGGUUGCUGUACUCAAACUGUCUCAGGAAAGCAAGCUGACUUGGUUCUCGAUUCCGCCAAUAGGUGUCGCAAAAUCGCUACCAACCAAAACAACAAAAUCAGGUGACCAAAAUUUGGAGUUGUUUGGUGAUCAGCCGAUAACCUAUUUGCGCAGUUGA